UAAAGUUACAGUGCUUUGCUGUUUGCCGAGGGGGCCUGGGCUGUGACGUAACAUUUUAUCACAUGGCCCAAGAAAAGAUGGCGGCCAUCACUACGGCAGACGACAAAAGCAUCGAAAACACCUUAAACAGCGCCGAAAAUAAGAAACAGAGCUCUGAUAGUGAAUCUUCCGAAGAAGAAGCUUCCACAAAGAAUACUCAGCAAAGUUCAUCAGACCGAAAGCGCGAGCACAAGAAAAAGAAGAAGAAACACAAACAUAAACACCACAAACACAAGUCCUCCGAAGACGACAAAGAGCGUAAACAUCGCCACAAACAUAAACACAAGCAAAGGAAACGAGACAAAGAAAAUGGCGACGCAUCGGAGCCAAGCGAGAAAAAAGCACGAAUUGCAAGUGAACUCGAAGAGCUUGAAAAGCGCAAAGCUUAUUUGCAGCAACAGCUAGCAGCGGACAGAGAUAACGAAAAGACACGAUCAUCUAGUGGAGAUAGGCGCGAAAAGGACAAGUCCAACAAAAGUGGUGAAAAGUCUCUUGAUGCGGAAAAUGAAAAUAGACCCUCAAAUAGAGAUAAAGUUGAUCUACCCCGCUCAAAACGUGAACGAACUCAAGACAAAUCAGAUGGUAGAGAUGGGAGGGGACGGUCAAAAGAGCGCUUAAGAGACAAAAGAGAUGACAGAUCAGACAAGGGUAGAUGGUCAGAAAGGCGGUCUUCUAAAGAUAGAGAAUCAAGGAAAAGAGAACAUCGCUCUCGCUCAAAGUCCAGAGAUAAGAAACCUAAGCCAGAGUCACCUUCCAGGGGGCGAUCAUCAAGAAGGAGUAGAUCCCAAGAAAGAGGUACCUCCUAUAGAAGUCCCUCACCUCGUGGCAGAUCCCGCUCUGAUGAGCGAAAGAGAGCUUCUAAGGAGAAGUCUGUUUCUCCUAGUAGAGGGGCUCUUUCAUCGGCUGCUGAUGGCCCCGAUGCUGUUGACCAGUUUGGGAGGUCAUUGGAUCUAAUUAAAAGAUUGCAGACUAUUGCUUCUUCCACUACAGAGGAGUUAAGUAAGGAUGGCAAAGAAAGGAGCAAGUCAAAGGACCAAGAGAAGUCAACACCCAGAGAAAGACGCAAUUCUUCAAGUCACCAUAGAUCAUCUUCUAGAGAAAAGGAUAGAAAAUCCUCAAUGGAUAAAUCAAUAAGGCCAUCUUCCAGGGACAGAGACAAUAAAUCAAGAAGGUCUCGGUCAAAAUCUAAGGAACGAGACUCAAAAUUGAGAGAGAAGACAAUGGUGGCACCUUCCAAGUCUCCCGAUAGACCUUCAAAAAGGCGCAGUAGCUCAAGAGAUGAGAGUGCCAGGGAAAGACCUGAUAGUUCUUACAGGAGAAGAAGCAAAUCCAAAAGCCCGGAUAGAAGGAGUAGGAAAUUUGAGGAGCAAACUUCUCAUAGACAAAGCAUGUCUAGAGAAAGAGAUAGAAGGCCAGUUGAAGCAUCAAAAAGAAGCAGAUCCAGAGAAAGAAAAUCUGAAGACAAUUCUUCUCUGCGGAGGAGUAGGUCUAGGGAGAGGAAUAUGGCUAGAGAUAGGGAUGAUCGGCGGCCACCUUCACGCUCGAGGAGAGACAGCUCACUGAGGCGACAAAGGUCUCCUUUAAGAAAUCGUUCACCAAGAUGGAGGGGAAGAUCCCCCUCACCAAGAUCACGAAGGAGAAGGCGAUCAUCUGAUAGAUACAAAGGAAGCUUCUCCGAAGGACAGACUGGAAAGAGUGAAUCAGAGUCAGACAAUGAGCUUGUCAACUUUGAGUUGGACUCAGAUGAAGAAGACGUGGACAAGAUUAUAGAAAGGCGUCGUCGCCAGCGCCAGGCCAUCGUCCGCAAGUACCUCCCUCCUGGUGCCACACCUGGCUCGCUUCCCCCAUCUGCGGCAACCUCUGUGACCUCCCAAGGUGCAUCUGAUUACUCAGACUCUGAUGGAAAUAGCACUGAUAGUGAGGAUAGUGAUACGGUAGAGAAGCGAGCCACCGCUGAUUUGGAGAGUGACUUGGCCUUUGCUGAUCAGGAGGAUGAAGAGAACAAGAGUGAAGGCAAGGAGAAUGAACAACAAGAGGGAGAGGAGGAGACGUCUAAAAAUGGAGAUAUGUUUGCAAAGGACGAUAUGUUCUCUGAACACUACAGUAGUCCUGCCAAUGCAAUGAUGAAGAUCGACUCAACCAAAGAAAACCCUAACCUAACUGAUAACUGGGAUGAUGCGGAUGGUUACUACAGAGUACGCAUUGGAGAGUUACUGGACAAGCGGUACAAUGUUUAUGGUUUCUCAGGAAGUGGAGUAUUUAGUAAUGUGGUCAGGGCAAGGGACCAGGCCAGAGGAAGUCAGGAGGUUGUGGUUAAGAUUAUCAGAAACAAUGAAAUGAUGCACAAGACAGGUCUGAAGGAGCUUGAAUUUCUAAAGAAGCUGAAUGAUGCCGAUCCAGAUGACAAGUAUCAUUGCCUACGGCUAUACCGACACUUCUUCCACAAAAACCAUUUGUGUCUGGUAUUUGAAUCCCUACACAUGAACUUGAGAGAGGUUUUGCGUAAGUAUGGGCAAAAUGUUGGACUUCACAUCAAGGCAGUCAGAUCCUACAGUCAACAGUUGUUCCUGGCUCUAAAGCUGAUGAAAAGAACGGGAAUUCUCCAUGCUGACAUCAAGCCUGAUAACAUCUUGGUGAAUGACUCCAAACUGAUGGUCAAACUUUGUGAUUUUGGAUCUGCAUCACUAGCAACAGAUUGUGACAUCACCCCAUAUCUUGUCAGUAGAUUCUACAGGGCUCCCGAAAUAAUAAUUGGCUCCAAAUAUGACUAUCCCAUUGACCUUUGGUCUGUUGGCUGCACCAUCUAUGAGCUGCACACAGGCAAGAUCAUGUUCCCAGGAAAGUCCAAUAACGAGAUGCUUAAACUGAUGAUGGAUUACAAGGGUAAGAUGCCAAACAAGAUGAUACGGCGUGGGUUGCUGAAAGAGAGGCAUUUUGACGACAGCUGUAACUUCCUUUACUAUGAAGUAGACAAAAUAACACAGCGGGAGAAGACAACAGUUUUGAGUGCCAUUAAUCCAAACAAAGAUGUAAUGGAAUCCCUGUUUGGAUACCACAAACUGAACGAUGAGCAUAAACGAAAAGUCAACCAGCUGAAGGAUCUUCUUGACAAGAUCCUGAUGUUGGACCCCUCCAAGAGACUAUCACUGAACCAAGCACUCACUCAUCCUUUCAUAACAGAGAAGAUUUGACUGUCUCUUAACCAAGCACUCACUCCUUCCUUCAUCACAGAGAUCUGACUGUUCCUUAACCAAGCGCUCACCUAUCUAUUCUUCACAGAGAAGAUCUGAGGUAUCACUGGACAAUAACUUUGAACUUCUUUAGAUACACCAGUUAGUUAGUUACACCAGUUAGUUACAGUUACAUGCUCAAAAUGCAAUUUGCUCUUCCUCAAGUAACUCUGGAUAUUUGCUGUUGUUCAGGCAUCUUUCCAAUAUACAGUAGCAACAUACUCUUGAGUUUAUCUUUUCUUUGGGUUCGGAAUGAAUCCAUGGUCAGUGUUUGUAGCCUCCAUGUAAUGGACCACGUUUUACAAACAGCAUCUCUAUAAUGGACAAUUCCAAAGACUAAUUUUCGAAUUCUUCCAUCUUUUACAUUAAACCGUCCCAGGUUCAUAAAGUCACCAGAAGUCGCCCAAAGUUGCACAAGAAAAUAUAAAAUAAUUGGUUCCACUCUAUAGAAAAGACUAACUAAAUGAUGGCUAGUAUCCUAUUGUUUAACCCAGUGAGCAAGUUUGGCCUCAGACAUUGAAACAAUGGUAAAGGUUAUUGUUAGGUACACCAGACUAUGGUAGAUACUGUAGACAAUUGUCACUCAUUGCACUGGAACUUGGAUCUGUGCAGGUAAAGGAGACGUAUUACAUGCAUGCUUGCUUGUAUCUAUAUUUAGUCUUAGAGAUAUACAUCUUUAAGGUGACAUGUGUUCCUAAUUGUUUAAAAUUUAUACUUUUGUUUUACUCCUAUCCACAAACACCAAAAGCCAAACACCCUACAGUAUAUUGUAAGACAGAGCAUUAGCUAACUCAUAUGGGUAAAAAAAAGGCACUAAUGUUUUAGAAUAUGACAGGCCUUCACAAGCUCACUCUUAGGCUCUACUAGACCAUUUAGAAAAUGAAAGCUGUUGAUUGACGACCAGGAAGACAAACCUAUGUGCAUUUUUUCAUAGAUUAUACGACAGCACAAAAGAGUUACCUAAACCAGAGAACAUUCCUCUGUGCAUUUAGAGAGAUGUUCAUUAUUAAUCUCACACUGGAUACUAGAGCUUGUUGGAAUUAACAGUGUUUGGUGUUUGAGGCAUCAUAUGUAUAUAAAGUAUACACACAAUAUGUACCUUUUUAGUAGCUAUAACCCUGUGACUUUUUGAUUUAAUGCCCUGUUUGUCAAUAAAUCUCUUGAGGCUCA